AUGCUCUCGAAUAACCAAUUCAAGUGUAGAAAAUACAUAAAGCUGGCCGGUGGUCGAUCCGACGAGCAUGUUCGCUGUAAUUGGACUUCGCAAAAAGGGCCGUUGGUCUGGGGAAGCGCAUCCGUAGUUCCAAGACGCAGCAUUGGCCAGACAAAACUUGGAGCUGUCAGCUGGCCCAUCACCGCCUCCAUUGGACCCUUUGGCACGCAGCCGGGGGACAAGGAAGAUGAAGGUAUUCGAGGACUGCAAGCCGGUCCUUUAUCGUGCGCCCCUCCACCCCUGGGUCCUGGUGGGACGGCGACUCCAGCACUCCGGGCUACCGAUCCGAUGCCGUUAUGUCCGCAGUCAUCAUCAUCAUCUUCGAUCAUCAUCAUCUGCCACCAACGAGUUUGGGGGAGGAAGUUGAUUACACAGUCGAGGUUGGUGGACCUUGAGGAUGUGGAUGCGCGAAUUACGGUUAUACCGUAUAUGGUUAGAGGGAUGCCCAGCCCAGAGAAAUUACCGGGAUUUUUAGCGUCCAUGCUCGAAGGUUCCUUUUUGGUGGUGACGAGUACGAAUGAAUCGAAUCGAACUUCCACUCAUCCAUCGCUUCAUCUACCCAUACCCAUCGAGGCAUCCCCAGGCUUCCGUUCAUUCGUAACUAACGACUCUUUUCUUCCCUGUGCGUAUGCGAAGGGAUCCGGCAUACUAAAAUAA